CAAAUUUGGAAACAAUUCGUGUCGAAGCUGAGUCUAAAUAUCCAGAGGGUGAACUUUUUGCAGUUUUAGCUUUGGAAAAGAAAGAAGUAUAUUACAAUUGGGAUGCAACUUAUAAAAUGUAUCGUGAGUUUGAAACGACUCGUCCAGCACAAUUACGAAUUACGCUUUUUCAAACUCAAUUGAGUCAGCAAGAUACGUUAGAACUCGAAAAAAAUGCAUUUCACAUACCUCAACCGAUUUUAUACUCGUAUGGAAGAAGUGGAAUUUCUUUAGAAAUUGAUCCAGAGACCUUUGAAUUCAGGCAUAUCGCACAAAUGGAAAAAAAAUUUCUAGUAUUUUUAUGGAAUAAAUUCGCUAAAAGACUAGAAAUCUAUUUUGAUACAAUUAACCGUUUAUCAAGGACAAUAUUCGAUCAAAGCGCAAUUAAAAAACUUAAUCCAGGCGAACAUUGUAUGAUUACGGUUAACGAGCUGAAAGGAUUGAUAGGAAUCUAUAGUAAUGAAAAAGGCGUGUUGAAUACAUAUCGUUUGGAACAAGAUCAAACCAAUUUUUCUCUUCAUUAUCGCAAUAUUCAACUUUGUCAAUGGUAUAAUGAUACAGUGCCAGAUAUCACAAAUUUCUUUUUCAUAAAAAACACUGAGGAUAUAUGCUUCGUUGAAAGAGACG